AUAUAAUAAUUAGAUAUAAUAUAGGCUAACGCGUAACAGCAAAAUUGUGUAUUAUGUAAAAAUUGCGGCAUGGUGAAUAGUUGUAACGGAUAGAAAAUUUUUCCGGCAUAAAAAAAUAAAAUCAUGGUCAAUGCAAUCAGUUUUAAUGUAUCCAAUAGGAUCCUUAUUAUAUUAGGAGUUGUAGGAGGAAUACUUGUUUUUGGAGCGGUAUUUUUAGGGUUUAAAAUAAUACCGGAUGCUGUGACGACAAAACUUUGGGAGACCAAAGUAUUAAAAGAAAAUACGCAACAGUGGGACAUUUUUGUAAAAACUCCCUUUCCAUUUAUUUUUAAAGUUUAUGUGUAUGAUGUUCAGAAUCCUGACGAAAUCCUACAAGGAGCUAAACCCGUAGUGAAAGAAGUUGGACCAUUUGUAUACAAGGUUUACAAAUGGAAAGGCGAGAUAGAAUGGGCUACACCUGACGAAAUAGCCUAUAAUGCCUAUACACGUUUUGAAUUUGAUAAAGAAGCUUCUGGAAUUUAUUCUGAUGAUACUGUGGUGACAAUUUUAAACUCUAUGUACUAUAGUGUACUAUUGAAGAUUGAAGACACACAACCUGAAGCCAUGGGCAUAGUUGAACCAGCGCUACCGUCUAUUUUUGGCGAAAACGAUGGCAUGUUUACUAAAGUCAAAGUAAAGGACUACCUUUUUGAAGGAUUAAAGUUUUGUGAAGAUGAAGGAAAAAGUGGUGGCUUUGCAGCUGUUAUGUUUUGUAAACAGGUUAUUGGAAAACUUUCAGAAUCUAAAAAUUUGAGACUGGAGAAUAAAACUGUGUUAUUUGCCAAUCUAUAUUACAAAAAUAAUACUCACCUUGGAAGAUUUACUGUAAAAUCUGGCCAAAAAUCUAGAGAAGAAGCUGGAAUAUUAACUCUCUAUAAUGAAAAGGAAUAUAUUUCUACCUGGGCGGGAGGAAAAUCUACUUGUAAUAAGAUUGGGGGAGUCACCACCGUUUUUCCUGCAAACAUCAAACCAGACAUGGAGUUUGUGUCAUAUGCAGAAGAUAUUUGUAGAUCUGUAGCCCUAACCUAUGACUCGGAUGAAGUUGUAAAAGGCCUGAAAGGAUUGAAAUUUGUAGCGAAAAACGAUACCUUUAGCAGCACGAAAAAAGAAAACCUUUGUUUCUGCCUUAAUAAAACGAAAACUUUUGACGGAAAUCAAACAGAGUGUGCUAAAGAUGGAAUUACUGAUUUGACAUCAUGUACAGGUGGCCCUGUGAUGGUAUCUUUUCCUCAUUUAUUGUAUGGAGAUAAGGAAUACCAGGAAACUGUUAUAGGCAUGGAAGCCAAUACAAUGAAGCACCAGUCAUUUAUUAUUUUGGAAGAGCUAAGUGGUCUGCCGUUAUACGCUGCCCAAAGGAUCCAAUUCAAUAUGUUUCUAAGACCAGUAGAAGGUAUGGAAAGCCUGGCAAACAUGAGCAAAGCACUGAUGCCAUUAAUUUGGGUAGAAGAGAGUCUCAUCAUUGAAGACAAAUACAUAAGUCUUUUGCAAGAGAGCCUUUUCAAAACCCUCAGCACCGUCAACAUACUCAAAUGGUUCGUGAUAGUAAUUGGAGUAGCUUGCUUACUGAUAUCAGCUUUGACCUUGAUCUAUAGACAAGCACCUUGAUCUUUCCAGGAACAUCCUCUGCCGUUUGUUCAUUGAGAAGAAUGAUCACUGAGUUUGUCACUUUGGCACCUUACACCAUAUUUUGGUAACAAACACAGAAAUUUUGUGAUAAUAAUAUUGUAUAUCAUUUAUUAUUUUGUAUCUGUUUAAGUACCAGAAAAUAUAUGGAAUUUAAUUAUCAAUAAAAUCACUGAUAAAAAUUAA